AAAAAAGUUUUGCUUUGAAGGCAAACGAAAGGUAUAAAUACUACUAUUGAAAAGAAACCCUCUAUUAUAGUAUAAAGAAUCAGAAAAAGGUUGAGGAAAUUGCUUUGUUCCACAAACAGUAAAGAAUCAUCUUCCUCUUCAAUGGCGCUCUAUUUUCUAUAUUGCUUUGAUUGUAGGGCUUCUUUCUUUGAAGCCCCUAGAACUACUUCCAACCACAAUUUAUACCUUACCCUGACCUGGGUUUUCACCAAAUUCAAUCAAACCCACUCCAGCUCCAACAAGCUUUUGUAGAAAUGGCUGUUCCACAAGUCAACAAGAAACUGCUUGAUGAACUUGAAGCCAUGGGAUUUCCAAGGCCAAGAGCAACACGAGCUCUUCAUUUUUCUGGUAAUUCUAGCUUAGAGGCAGCUAUAGAAUGGGUGAUUGAUCAUGAGAAUGACUCAGACAUUGAUCAGAUGCCCUUGGUAGCAGUGGAUAUUGAUCUUGACUCACCUCAACCUUUCGAUAUCACAGAACAAAUGAAAAUAAAGGCACAGGAACUAAGGAAUAAAUCACAUAAGAAGAAAGAAGAAGAAGAAAAGAAACUGGAAAGGCAAAGGGAGAAGGAGAGGAUUCGAGCUAGUAAGGACCUCACUGAGGCAAAGCGAAUUCUAGAAAGCAAUGAAAAACAACGUUAUUUAGCCUUGAAAAAAAAAGAAGAGAAGGAAGAAAAAAGGGCAAGGGAGAAAAUACUUAAGAAACUAGAACAUGAUAAGGUAGAAAGGAGGUCAAGACUUGGAUUGCCACCAGAAAGUCCAUCUGUAAAACCUUCCACUCAUUUGUUGCAGGAAAAAACGUUGCAGACAUCAUUGCCUCUGAAGUCUGUAACAAAUGCAGAGCAGAUGAGAGAAUGUUUAAGGUCUCUUAAGCGCAAUCACCAGAAUGAUGGUGCCAGAGUUAGGAGGGCCUUUGAAACUCUUCUGAUCUAUGUUGGAAAUAUCGCAAAAAAUCCUGAUGAGGAAAAAUUUAGGAAGAUUCGACUUACUAACCCAUUAUUUCAGGAUAGAGUUGGGAACUUGAGAGGAGGUAUGGAAUUUCUUGAGCUCUGUGGGUUUGAGAGAACAGAAGGAGACGAGUUCUUGUAUCUUCCUGAUGAUAAGGUCGACAUGGAAAUUCUAAACACAGCUGGGUCUGAAUUGAAGUCUGCAAUGACCAACCCCUUCUUUGGGCUUCUAAGUGUGUAAGAGAGGAUUGUACUAUGAUUUUAGGUCAAAUGACUUGGGUCUAAAACUUGGCCACAAAGAGAAUGGUAAAAAAUUACCCAAUUGGGAAUGCCGUGUAUUUGUCUGGUGUUUGGUUCCUCACCAUGGC